ACGUAUUUAAUCUGCGCCUAGGAUACCGCUUUAGGUACAUGAGAAAAAUAAAGGAGCCUUACGUGUAUUUGCAUAGCGGAGAGUAUAUCACCUUAUAAGUUGUUCUUUAUUUCUUUUUUUCGUAGUGAUUAUCUAUUGUCUGGAAUUUGAACCUCCAGGAUGUCUCUGGCAGAUGAGCUCCUGGCUGACCUUGAGGAGGCUGGAGAUGAGGGAGAGGAUGGGCUGUAUCCAGAGGGAGAGGAGGGUGAUAGUGAUGGUGAAGCAGUACCAGGAAGGACAGAUGGGGGACUGGAAGACAUUCCAGAGGAGAUGGAAGUGGACUACAGUAAAGCUGAGAGUGUUGCAUCCAUUGCGAAGCUCCGCAAUAGCAAACAGUUUUCAGAGAUCAUGGACAAAAUUUCAGGCUAUAUAGGAAAGCAACGCAAGAACUCAGAUGUGUCUGGCCCUGUUGAGGCUGACCCAGAAUACAGGCUGAUUGUAGCAGCCAACAACCUCACAGUGGAGAUCGACAAUGAACUCAAUAUCAUUCACAAGUUUACAAGGGACAAAUACUCCAAGAGGUUUCCAGAGCUCGAGUCUCUGGUGCCAGAUUCUUUAGAUUACAUCAGAACAGUCAAAGAACUAGGAAACAAUCUGGAGAAAUGUAAAAACAAUGAAACGCUGCAACAAAUUCUAACCAAUGCCACUAUUAUGGUUGUCAGUGUCACUGCAUCAACUACACAGGGAUCGUUGCUAAGUGACGAUGAACUGAAGCAGUUAGAGGAAGCUUGUGACAUGGCUCUGGAGCUAAACCAGUCUAAACACAAGAUAUACGAGUAUGUAGAAUCCAGAAUGUCGUUCAUAGCUCCGAACCUGUCCAUCAUUGUUGGAGCAUCAACUGCUGCAAAGAUCAUGGGUAUCGCUGGCGGCCUCACUAACCUCUCAAAGAUGCCGGCCUGUAACCUGAUGCUGCUGGGAGCCCAGAGGAGAACGCUGUCUGGCUUUAGCAGCACAUCUUUGCUUCCCCACACAGGCUUCAUCUAUCACUGUGAUGUUGUCCAGUCACUGCCACCUGACCUCAGGAGGAAGGCAGCUCGAUUGGUGGCUGCAAAAUGCACUCUAGCUGCCCGAGUGGACAGUUUCCAUGAGAGUUCAGAUGGAAAGGUUGGUUAUGAUUUAAAGGAAGAGAUAGAGAGGAAGUUUGAUAAAUGGCAGGAGCCUCCACCAGUGAAGCAGGUGAAACCACUUCCAGCUCCACUGGAUGGACAGAGAAAGAAAAGAGGAGGAAGGAGGUAUCGAAAGAUGAAGGAGCGGCUCGGCCUGACUGAGAUCAGGAAACACGCCAACCGAAUGACAUUUGCAGAGAUUGAAGAUGAUGCCUAUCAGGAGGAUCUGGGUUUCAGUCUGGGCCAGCUGGGGAAGAGCGGCAGUGGCAGAGUCAGGCAGGCUCAGGUCAAUGAAGCUACCAAGGCUCGAAUCUCCAAAUCACUGCAGAGGACAUUGCAGAGGCAGAGCAUGACAUAUGGAGGAAAGUCCACAGUCAGGGAUCGCUCCUCAGGAACCAGCUCCAGUGUAGCUUUCACUCCCUUGCAGGGGCUGGAGAUUGUAAACCCACAGGCGGCAGAGAAGAAGGUGGCUGAAGCCAACCAGAAAUAUUUCUCUAAUAUGGCAGAGUUCCUUAAAGUCAAGAAGGAGUCCAAGAUGUGAGCCAAGUCAUCCUGCAUGUGAACAGUUGCGCCCAUGUUGCAUAGUGAUGGUAUAUUUGAAAUAUCUUAUGUGCUUCACCUAGUGUUUUUUUAUUUUCCACUUAUUUUCCCAUUAAAAUGUAAAGACUC